CCUAGUUCGAGUUCAGUGAACUGAUUCAAAAAAUUGGUGAAUAUUUCUUAUCCUAAAAUGGGAGUGGGUCCAGUUAGGUUAUAAGUUGAGUUGUCAACGUGUGUACAAAGCAAUGAUUUUAAGCAAGAUAAACAUUUCCAUGACCAAGUUUCAGAUAUUUAUACGCAAUAUUUUGUGAACGUUGGCAAAUAAUACAUGUUCGAUUAAACUGACCACGAAGUUGUCCACUCGGUGGAGACAUCUCGCUAUCAGGAACUCUUGAGCUUGUCAUGCCCUUAUCAUCGGGCCAGCUUAUCUUGUUGCUACCAGUAUUUACAGACAUAUACACUUAAACAUACUUUGACUCUGAUUAGGAUGUCACGUUAAUGCGCCGUUUGCAAUAUAUCUCUCCAUUCUCAAAUCAUCCUCGUUCGAGUUUACUGAACUUAUUCAAUUUGGUAAAGAUUUCCUACCGCAAAAUGGAAGUGGGUCCAGCCGUUCCGUCAGAAUCUAUAAAUUCCUGGUUGAGGACCCAAACGUUGAAAUCCUUUCUUGGACAUGGAUCAUUCGGUUACGUUUUCCAGGCGGUUGAUCGACUGGAAAAAUCCACUGCUAUUAAAAUAAUAUUUGUUGACCCGACCGAUAAAACCUCGACGGAGCUGGAAUGUGAAAAACUACGACUCUCCCGAGAAUACAAAUUAAUUUCUGGAAAGAAACACGACAAUUUGAUCGAAAUACUUGCAUCAACCGAAAAACCUUUCGCUGUGGGGGAUGUACAAGCCUUGCUAAGUCUUCCUUGCCUUCAGAACAACUAUACCGUUUUAGAUAAAUUUCAACUCUUCUUUCUACAAGCACAACGAGGAACACAAAUUCCGACGCUCUGCAUUCAAAUGGAGGUAUGCGGUAUGUCGUUGCGUCAGUGGCUGAACAGAAAUAAUCAGGCUGACGAUCCGAAGCUCCAUCCAGUUCGAAAGCAAAUAGUUAAGGACAUGUACGAAGGGCUAAAAUAUCUGCACAACAAUAAAAUCAUGCAUCGGGACUUUCGCCCAGAAAACAUUAUGUUUUCCUUCUCUUCUACGGAAGAAGAGUCUGCCUUUCCAGUUAAAGUGGGAGAUUUCGGGCUAUGCCGAAAGCUCCAUAGCGAAGAAACGGUCACUAACACACUAACCACCAGGGUCGGCAAUAACACGUAUCGCGCCCCUGAAACAAAAUUUUCGGAUUACGGCAUUCCCGCUGAUUUGUAUUCGUUUGGUUUGGUGUGGUGGGAAGUUGUGCAGGCAAUUAGACAGAAAGAUACGGCCUCUAUGUUCGACGGGUUGGUUCAUGAUUCGGAUUCAAGUCUUGUCGUAGAGGCAAAUUGGUGGUUUCCAAAUUGGGCAAAUAUUAUUAUUCGACUUACUAAGAGACGAGUCAAGGACAGAAUUACAGGGCAUGAUGAAAUACGCAUUGAAAGUACCGUAUAUAAUGUGGAAUCGCAUGUGCAAUUCUCUGGUAUCCAAGACCUCAUUUUGCCAGGAGAUAUAGUAAAUCUUAAUAUUUCGGAUGAGAUAAGAAAAGCUUACGGUUUUAAAGUUGACAAUGUUGCUUUUAAUGGGGUUAAUCCUUCAGUCCAUCAGCAUUUGUCAUUACACAUCAGGGGAAACUCCUGUACAAUUAACAAUCUUAACUUGGGAUUUUUAGACGUGUCUGGUAAUGAUGGCAGUUUCAGUAAUGUUACUUGUGACGAUUUGUUUGUCUCAGGAAAUCGAAAUAAAUUCAGUAACAUUGAAAUCUUACAUGUCAAAUCUUACAUUCUUUAUGGUAGGCCAGCAAUUACUAUUAGGGGAAAGAAUAAUGUUUUAAAAUCUGUCAAAUGUACAAAUUCCCAUACCAAACCAAUCAAAAAUAAUGCGUACCCACCAUAUGCACGCUGGACACCUUUUGCCCAAAAAUAUGGCCCGAUAUGUAUUCAUUUGGCAGAAGACUCCCCAUCGUGUACAGUUGAAAAUGCUAAUUUUUACAAUGCAUUCAUCACUGGAACUGGACAUGUUUUGAAAGAGAUUAGGUGCACGAAUGCUAUUGAGAUUAUUGGGAAAGGCCACACCAUAGAGCGCGUAGAUGCUGCGAAUCGUAUUGAUAAGUCGACCUAAUAAAAUUGUAAAAUUGUCGGCUCCAUUUCGGAUUAAGAAUAAAAUUCAGUGCCGCUGAACCUCGACCUUCUGGACUAUGACAUAUUAUCCAAGUUGGAGCCAGAUGCAUCUUUUAAACCCCACACAAGUUUGGAAUCCGAGAAAAAUUCUAUCGUCACGAAAUUGGACCUAGAUCCCUUCGAACGCGUGCGUACCGCGGAUCAGACGCGGGUGCCAAGACUUUGGGCUAGAGUCGCUUCGAAAAGAGGAAAUCUAGAAAACUAUUUGGUUUAUUUUGAAGAGAAUUUAAUGGGCUUUCUCGGGAUAUCCUUAUUUUUCAAGAUUCAAUAAACUUAGCCGGCUAUAUUAA